UUCCUCUGAUCUUCUCGCAUGGUGGCUGAUGGGUCAGUCAACUCGCUCGGGUACUUCGAUGUUAAGGAAUUGAACCGUGUGGCCAACAUGGGUAUCUCAGUGUCAAAGUUCUUAACGAACGAAAGGCACAAAAGCUUCAAGGGCAUAUAAUGCCACUGUAGCGCUUAAAGAAGAUAAAGAGGAAACACUCAGAGCGGACAAAAGUAGAUUACGUUGGUUCAUUCCUCUACUCUCUACCUUGGUUACAUCUACAAUUAUUCCACGCUCUUUUUUCAGGCAUUCCCUGCAAUUCGACAAGACCAUGUGGAUACAGAUUCUUUGUGGGUUAGUGUUCUACCGGUUGAUCAAACGGUUUUUCUACGACGAUGACACCUACGAAAUCGAGUCCUCAGACACGGAUGCCAAGUUCAUCGUUGCCAAUAGACUUGAGAAGGUCUAUGGUGGGAAGGUAUAUCUCGGUCUUAGAAUUCCAGAUGCCGAUUCGGGUACUCGUCAAAAUAUCGAUAUGGUUCUUGUCACUAAAAGGGAGGUGGUAGUGAUCUCAGUCAAGAAUUACUCGGGCUUUGUGGGAAUUGAUGCCGAUGGAACCUGGGUUUGCACAGGUGAUCGCACCCGCAAAACAGAGAGGUAUCCUGAUCCUGUUGCAGAAACUAAAAGACAAAUUUCAAUUCUUGAAGCAUACUUGGAGCAAAGGGGAGUAACCUUCCCUGAAGGAUAUUUGUCUGGCAGAGUCAUACUCCCAAAUCCAAACUUCAGGAUGAUUCAUUCAACAAAUUUUUCAUCAGAGGUUAUUCCGUUUGACCAAUGGAUACAGCUUAAACCAGAGCCAAGAAAUAUGUUCUCCGGUUGGAUUAAGGAUGCAUUUCGUGGAGGAAAGAAAGAGACGCAAGAUGGGAUAAAUGAGAAGCUUCAUUUCAUUCUUAGCACUGCUCCAAUGUGGGAUAGGAUGGUGCUUAAAGAUAAUAAAAACCUUCUUGGGGAAUUUCUACAGUUCAAAGGAAAGCAAGAGGAUAUGCAAGCUCUGAAAUACAUCAAGAGAUCGAAAGUUAGUCGGCUAAUUAUCCAGAAGUCAGCUAUGUUUGGUUUAGGUAAUUCAAAACUACAAGUUUUGUACUCUCCCCGUGAUUAUCAACUUGAGGGGGCCUCAGCUUCUGAGUGGAAAGAAGUGACAGUGAAAUCACAUACAGAGGUCUUAUUUCAGCCCCAGGGUUCUGAUAAAGUCCGCAAGAUCAAGCUUUCAUCUGUAGUAUCAGUGUCUCUAAGUGCAUAAAUAAUGGUGAACACUCUCCCCUCUCUUAAAAAAUAAAAAAUAAAUAAAAACUGUAUAUUCAUGUAUUGUACUUUAUCCUUUGUUGGGUUCUGCAUAUAUUAAUCUCCCAGGGAUUUGAGUUACUGUUAUUACUAAACGGCCAUUGUCUUAUGUUUUCUGAGCAUACUUUGGAGUACAGUAGUUUGACGAAAUGAAGCCAAAUACUUGA